GCCGCCGAGAGAUCUGCGCACGCGCAUAGCCGUGCUUGGGCUCCGCCGGCCGGGAGGAGGGAGGCGGGGCUGCGGGGCGCGUGCGCGACGGCCUGGGCUGCGGCCCCUCCCUUGGCGGGGGCGCGCGGCGCGGAGGACCGCACGGGAAGGGGGAAGUCAGGUGGCUGCCACCGCUGCCGCCGCGCCGCGAUCUGUCGCCGGAAGGAAAAUGGCGGAUCUGGAAGAGCAGUUGUCUGAUGAGGAGAAGGUACGUAUAGCAGCGAAAUUCAUCAUUCAUGCCCCUCCUGGAGAAUUUAAUGAGGUGUUUAAUGAUGUUCGGUUACUGCUUAAUAAUGAUAAUCUUCUCAGGGAAGGAGCAGCCCAUGCAUUUGCACAGUAUAACCUGGACCAGUUUACUCCAGUAAAAAUUGAAGGUUAUGAAGAUCAGGUAUUGAUAACAGAACAUGGUGACUUGGGAAAUGGAAAGUUUUUGGAUCCAAAAAACAGAAUCUGUUUCAAAUUUGAUCACUUAAGAAAGGAAGCAACUGAUCCAAGACCCUAUGAAGCAGAAAAUGCAGUUGAAUCAUGGAGAACUUCAGUAGAAACUGCUCUGCGAGCUUAUGUAAAAGAACAUUAUCCGAAUGGAGUCUGCACUGUAUAUGGUAAAAAAAUAGAUGGGCAGCAAACCAUUAUUGCAUGCAUAGAAAGCCAUCAGUUUCAAGCAAAAAACUUUUGGAAUGGUCGUUGGAGGUCAGAGUGGAAGUUUACAAUCACUCCUUCAACCACUCAAGUGGUUGGCAUCUUGAAAAUUCAGGUUCAUUAUUAUGAAGAUGGUAAUGUUCAGCUAGUGAGUCAUAAAGAUAUACAAGAUUCCCUAACAGUGUCUAAUGAGGUGCAAACAGCAAAAGAAUUUAUAAAGAUUGUAGAGGCUGCAGAAAAUGAAUAUCAGACUGCCAUCAGUGAGAAUUAUCAGACAAUGUCGGACACUACUUUCAAAGCCUUACGUCGACAGUUGCCAGUUACACGCACUAAGAUUGAUUGGAACAAGAUCCUUAGCUACAAGAUUGGCAAAGAGAUGCAGAAUGCAUAAGAUCAACAUUGCAUGACCGGAUUAUUUUAGUGUCUUUGCGUUUUAAAAAAAAAAAAAAAUCAUUGCAGAAGUAUUCAGAACUGUCAAGCUACCCAGUCAGAUGGGCUGUUGCCAUUUAAAAAUCACUGUAAUUAAUUAGUUUGGUUAGAGCACAAAGCUUAGCUAAUCAACCAUUAUUUUUUAUUUCUUUUCUUCAAAGAAAACUGAAAAUCAUUUUAGUUUAAAUCUUUUACUUUCUGUUAUGCCUUUCUUUCUUACAAUGAAGAGAUGAUUCCUCUAGUUUAAUGUCAAAAGUUUUUGAAGUGUUUCAAAAAUAUUUUACUUACCAUAACCCUGAAAUUGUUGUCUUCAGUUUAUGAAGUGGGUAAUUUUUGAUAUUUGCCCAGUUCUUUUUAAUGAGGUCAAUAAUGGACAUUCUAGUUUAAGGUGGUUGAUGGAUUUAGCCAUAUAUGCUGCUAAAGAAAUUGUCUACCUUUUUCCCCUCACCUCUUUGAUUUAUGUAAGAUUGAGAUUAGAGGGAAAGCGUUUUCUAUACCAAUUGUGUUUAAACCUUUCAGGAAGGUUAUUUAGCUAGCUUAGUGGAUAACUAAACUUUUUUUAAACAAGGCCAAGGUCUAAUGCUGUUUUGAGAUUUCUGAAUUAAAUGAAAAUACUUAUUUCAGAAAUGCAUUUAAUGCUUUUUUUCUUGUGACAGUUAUGCAAAUUAGCUUGAAUUCCAUAUGUCCCUGAGUUAUUUUUAUCAUAAAGCCACAAAUGUAUUAUAACAAGGCAAAUUGUAAUAUAUAUAAUCCUGAACUCAUGA